AUGUCUUCCAGCGAGACACCUGGCAGGAGCCCGGCGAAGAGCCCGGUGCUCCGAUUUGUCCCAGAUGUGCAGGCUGAAGCCACAGCCGGUGAAGUUGCUUCUGGCACUAUCAGGAGGGACUAUGGGACUCUCGGCAGCGUGCAGGCAUCUGCCAGCCAGCGUCCUCCUGGCCCUCGAGUCGACGAUGUAUCCGACCUUCCGCCUCUUUCACCUCAGCUGUCGAGACCGAAAAAGCCGCCAACGAUGCGAAGGACGUCCACCCGGACUGGAAAAUUACUACCACACCGCGGAGAGCAGUUCUCGGUAGACGACGACCCAUCAGAGGUAGAAGAGGCAAAUAGCAUGCAACCUGGCCCCAGCGCAUCUCGACAACAAUCUACUGUUCGUCGGAGAACACACCCAGCGACGUUAACACGCGUCGAUUCUGCAGAAGAGGAAGCCGAGGAGACGGCACCAGAACAGCCUACUGAAGCUGAUGCCGAAGAGCCUCUAGAUGACACCGAAGCUGGCGACCUUGGAGACAACGAAGAAGAGGAACUGAGUGAUGCUGAGAGCUUCACAUUGCGGGAUCGGCAAUUAGCCAUUAAUCAGACCCAUCCCUUCGGUAUAAGAAUAUGGAAACCUGCCUUGUACAAGAAGGGCAGAUCCGUCGAGAAAGCUGCAGAGGAAGACAUCCAUUCGUCUCCGAGUCAGAUCGUGAGUCCUUGGCUCUGGUUUUUCAACUGCCUCUGGACCGUUUUCUUCGGCUGGUGGUUAGCUGUCUCCGCGGCCAUUGCAGCCUUCGCAUGUUACCUGUUCGCUUUUGACCCUAGUGCGGCUGCGUACGGCAGAGUGUUCCUCGGCUUGUCAAACUAUCUCUUCUGGCCCUUUGGUAAGUUUGUCAAGCUUGUGCAAGAUGAGAACUAUGUGGAAGAAGACGAGGGUGAGGGCCGGAGCAUCAGCGAGUACGAACGAUGGCAGAGCGGAGACCUUGAAUAUGGCCGACUCAUGUUUGGUCCAACUUUCACUCAUUCCGGCUCGAUCGUUGGUCGACAUCGGAACAGCAUCGACUCGGCAAGUGAGACUGAUAGUCUCCUGGCUCGAAGUGGUAGGACUGACCGACAAGAUACCACGUUGUCUAACAAAAAGCGCCGUCUUUUUGGUCGUGGCCAGUGGACCCUCGGUCGAGUCAUCUUCUUCGUCUUCUAUUAUUUCUUUGUGGCACCCUUGCUACUAUUCGCCUCUGGUAUCUGCUGGUUCAUGGUCUUCUGGAUCCCCAUGGGCCGAGUGACACUGAUCUUGUUCUCAAAUCUACGAAAACGUCCUCUUUCAAUGACAUUCCAUCGCGAUGUUUCGGCCGCUAGGAGCUCAACCAAACCAUCGUCGAUCCUCCUAUGCACCUAUCGCGCGGUUGGCAAGAGAUAUUGGAAGUACACUAUUGACGGCACCAACAUUUUCCUCAUCAACUUUCUCGCUGUUGUUGUCUUCGUCAUUCUCGACUAUUUCGUGCUGAAAGUAGCACUGGGCGUCAACUUCUGGCUCACCAGUCCAGCCCUGACGUUUACACUCGCGCUAAUUUCGAUCAUUCCUUUGGCUUAUUUCAUCGGGCAAGCAGUUGCAUCGAUCUCCGCGCAGUCAUCGAUGGGAAUGGGGGCAGCCGUCAAUGCCUUCUUUUCAACUGUCGUCGAAGUUUAUCUAUAUUGCAUCGCGCUCAACGAAGGUAAAGCAGCACUUGUGGAAGGCAGCAUCAUCGGCAGCAUCUUCGCGGGAAUUCUGCUCCUCCCUGGUCUUUCAAUGUGUUUCGGUGCCAUCAAGCGAAAGACUCAGCGUUUCAACGUCAAGUCGGCUGGCGCCACGUCCACUAUGCUACUGUUUGCGACAAUUGCAGCCUUCUGCCCGACGCUGUUCUAUAAAAUCUAUGGCAGCCAUGAAAUCAUUUGCAGGUCGUGUACAACCGACGACUCGAACCCGAACGACUGCCGGCAGUGUUAUUUCCGGCAACUUCCAGCCAUCACAGACGAGUUCUAUGUGAAGGCAGUCCGGCCAUACUGCUGGAUGGCGGCUAUCUUUUUGUUCUCCUCGUAUAUCAUCGGGCUCCUCUUCACCUUGCGAACCCACGCCGCCAUCAUAUGGAGCACUGACCUUGAGGAAAAGAAGCCAUCACCCGCUGGCCAAGUACCCACAGAUAUCAGUCCAUUGGACACCCGGAAUCAGAGCGUGGCCAAUUCGCAGUUCCUAAACAAUCCAAACGGUUAUGUGCCGAAGACUGCCAUCCGAGAGUCACAACUCUACAAGCGAAUUUUAGGGCAAUCACUUCGGUCGGCUGGUCUUUCGGCGGAAAGUGAUACUCAAAAUGAACGCGAGCGUCCAGUGACACCCAAGUCAGUGCUUCAUGCUCACGAUGGCGACCAAAGCGACCUUCCGCACCUUGUGCCGCCAAAAUCAAGCCAUGGCACUGAAUCUCUCCCGAGUCCAGAAAUCCUCCCGUUCGUCCCGUCUUUGUCUGAAGAGGAAAACAAUUAUCUGGUCCGACAGGUUGCCGAAAUUGCAGCCACCGCAGCCACCGUGGCCGCAAGGGAUGCAGUCAAUCACCCGCGAACUGCUGCCUAUCAAGCGAGUCAUGCGUCCAGAUCAGACACUGUCAAAACUCAAAGACCGAGCAAUGGUCGGAAGACAACCAUGGCUGACCAGGAUGCAUUUACCACGCCUGCCACUGAGCAUGCUGUUCCCCAUGAAGUAUCCGAACAAAGUGGACAGGGUGGACAUGAUGCGCCAAACUGGAGUCGAACCAAGUCAUCAGUUAUCCUGUUGACUGCGACUGUGGCAUAUGCCAUCGUCGCCGAGAUCCUGGUUGAUACGGUAGACGUCGUUCUAGAGUCCGUUGACAUUGAUGAGAAAUUUCUCGGUAUAACUCUCUUCGCGCUUGUGCCCAACACCACCGAGUUCCUGAACGCUAUAUCCUUUGCUAUGAACGGAAACAUUGCAUUGAGCAUGGAAAUUGGCUCGGCAUAUGCACUUCAAGUUUGUUUAUUGCAACUCCCGGCGUUGGUGCUGUUCUCUGCGGUACAGGGACAAUGGAUCGAUGCUGGCGAGUUGAUCGAUCACACCUUCAACCUCAUCUUUCCGCAGUGGGAUAUGGUGACUGUUAUCCUUUGUGUGUUUUUGUUGAGUUAUAUGUCAGGCGAGGGGAAGAGCAACUACUUCAAAGGAAGUAUUCUGGUCAUGACAUACCUUGUGGUGGUGAUGGGAUACUAUUUCAGUGGGUUUACGACGCUCACGAUUAUGGAAACGAGUGCCUGGCAAAGCGGUACUCCCGGUCCGAUGGGUGUUUCUAGUGUUCGACCGGGUCGUGAGCUGUGA